GUAAAGUGGGUCAUAGAAGGAGGCAUCCCUGCGCAAUGGUGCCUUUCCCCCACCUCAGGAUACACUCAGAUGAACAGCAAUCCAAAAUCAGACCCACAUACAGAUGUGGCACAUGCUCAGUUUGCUGGGGGAUCCAAACCGUCGCCAAACAGCUGCACCAGACUGUCGGGUAAAAGCUGGUGAAAUAUCCAAAUGGCCAACUCUGCGGGUUAAGCCACCUCUCCGCGCGCUAUCAUCCACCCUCGCUCAUUUCCCUCCGCCGGUCUUAAGCUCUUGCUUAUUAACAACCACUCUCCCUCGGUCCAUCGAGCGUGAGAGAAAUCAGCUUAUAGUUUCCCCACAUGUGUUGCGUCUGGUGAGAGGACAGGAUGAGCGCGCCGAGGCUGUGGAUGUGAGGGGGUCUUGGUGGGUUUUUUGAUUCCACUCCGCAGCCUUCACUGUCAGAGAGGCAGGUGCCGAGGAGCAGUUCGUCUCCGCGUUAGUUUUUUUGGACAUAAGAAAAGUGACACUUGAGCACGAUGGCACGCUUCGUGUGAACGUCCAAUCAUCAUGGAGAAAUGGACUAUUCGGGCUUGUAUGAUGGCAUUUGAACCGCCACGAAAACAAUGAUGUCUAAAGCGCAUGGAUGGAUCGUAUGAGACCAACAGUUCCAGUCCUAAAUGGCAGAACUUGAAGUUUGCAGGAAUCUCAGUUUGGAGAAGGUGGAGCGAUGCAUGAGUGUGAUGCAGUCCGGGACACAGAUGGUGAAGCUGAAGGCAGGAUCGAAAGGGCUGGUGAGACUCUUCUACCUGGAUGAGCAUCGGUCCUGCAUCCGCUGGAAGCCCUCACGCAAGAGUGAGAAGGCCAAGAUCACCAUCGAUUCGCUGUACAAAGUGACAGAGGGUGGUCAAUCAGACAUCUUCCAUCGGCAUGCGGACAGCAGCUUUGACCCGGCCUGCUGCUUCACAGUGUACCAUGGCAACCACAUGGAGUCCCUCGACUUGGUGACGUCCAAUGCAGAAGAAGCCAGAACCUGGAUAACGGGCCUCGGCUACCUGAUGGCUGGGAUCAGCGAUGAGGACUCGCUGGCCAAACGGCAGCGGACACACAACCAAUGGAUGAAGCAGACAUUUGAGGAGGCGGACAAAAACGGAGACGGCCUCCUGAACAUCGAGGAGAUCUACCAACUUCUGCACAAGCUGAAUGUCAAUCUUCCUCGCAGGAAGGUCAAGCAGAUGUUUCAGGAAGCCGACACAGACGACCAGCAGGGCUCGCUGACGUACGAGGAGUUCUCCGUCUUCUACAAGAUGAUGUCUCUGAGACGGGACCUGUUCCUGCUGAUGAUGGCGUACAGCGACAGGAAGGACCACCUGACACCGGAGGAGCUGGCGAACUUCCUGCGCAACGAGCAGAAGAUAAUCAGUGUGACUCCAGAGUACGUUGCUGAAAUCGUGGACAAGUUUGAGCUGUCUGACGAGAAUAAACAAAGAGGUGUUAUGGGGAUUGAAGGUUUUACGAGUUACAUGCGCAGUCCAACGUGUGACAUUUUCAACCCUUUGCACCACGAGGUGAAUCAGGACAUGGAGCAGCCGCUCUGUAACUACUUCAUCGCCUCCUCUCAUAACACCUACCUGACCGGUGACCAGCUCCUCUCUCACUCCAAGACGGACAUGUACGCCUGGGUGCUGCAGUCCGGCUGCCGCUGCGUAGAGGUGGACUGUUGGGAUGGUCCUGAUGGAGAGCCGGUGGUCCAACACGGCUACACUCUGACCUCCAAGAUACCGUUCAAGUCUGUCUUAGAGACCAUCAAUAAAUAUGCCUUCAUAAAUAACCAGUACCCGGUGAUUCUGUCCAUAGAGAACCACUGUAGCAUCCAUCAGCAGAAGAAAAUUGCUCAGUACCUGCGAGAAAUCUUCGGAGACAAACUCGACGUGGGAGACGCGCUGAGCAGAGACUCCAAAACAUUACCCAGUCCUCUCAGCCUGCAGGGCAAGAUACUCAUCAAAGGAAAGCGUCUGCCUUCCUAUCUGUCUGCCGACGCAGAGGAAGGGGAAGUAUCUGAUGAUGACAGCGCUGAUGAAAUUGAGGACGACUUCAAGCUCAAGAACAGCAAUGGAAAUGGUCACCACCAGGUGGAGUCUCACAUCAGAAAGAAACUGGACUCCCUGCUGAAGGAGUCUCGCAUCGGAGACAAGGAAGACAGCGACAGCUUCAGCAUCCGAGCCCUGCUGCGCGCCACGCACCAGGGCCUCCAGAAAAACCUGCGGCAGAGCUCCAGAGGGGUUCUGAAGAAAUCCCAAAGCAGAUCCUUCAUCACGACUCUCAAACAGAAGAGGCACUCCAAAUCCAGGCUGUCAUGCCAAACCGUGGAGAAGGAGGAGGACGUCCAGGAGACGUCUGGGAGGGAGGCUGGAGGACAGUUCAACAGGGGUGGAAGGAAGAGGAAGACGAUGAAACUGAGCAGAGAUCUGUCGAACCUGGUGGUGUUCACCAACUCCGUCGCCUCACAGGAGUGCCUCAAUGACGGUACUCCAGGUGACGUCCUGUCAUUCAGCGAGACCAGAGCUCAGUCUCUGGUCAAUCACAAAACCGAACAGUUCCUGGCUUUCAACCAGAGGCAGCUGUCACGGAUUUAUCCCUCGGCCUAUCGCAUCGACUCGUCCAAUUUCAACCCGCAGUUCUACUGGAACGUGGGCUGUCAGCUGGUCGCUCUGAACUACCAGACGGAGGGCAGGAUGAUGCAGCUCAACAGGGCCAAGUUCAUGGUGAAUGGAGGCAGUGGCUACGUCCUGAAGCCCCCCCCCAUGUGCAAAGGCUCCUUCAACCCAUUCUGUGACGACCCACUUCCAGCUUACCCCAAGAAGCAGCUCAUUCUCAAGAUCAUUAGUGGACAGCAGUUGCCCAAGCCACCAGACUCCAUGCUGGGGGACCGUGGAGAGAUUAUCGAUCCAUUUGUGGAAGUGGAGAUCAUUGGGCUUCCAGUCGACUGCUGCAAGGAACAGACACGAGUUGUGGAUGACAAUGGUUUUAACCCAGUAUGGGAGGAGACUCUGUCCUUCACGCUUCACAUGGCGGAAGUGACUUUGGUGCGUUUCCUCGUCUGGGACCACGACCCCAUUGGACGAGAUUUUAUUGGUCAACGGACUGUUGCCUUCACCAGCCUGAUGCCUGGUUACAGACAUGUUUACUUGGAGGGGCUGACCGAGGCGUCCAUCUUUGUGCAUGUGUCAGUGCAUGAUGUCUAUGGGAAGUGGAGCCCUCUAGUCCUGAACCCCAGCUUUACCAUAAUGCACUUUCUAGGAUCUAACAAGGGUCAUCAGCUGCGAGGUAUCCGGGGUUUGUUUAGCCGCUCUUCCAAGUCCUCCGUGGAUACAACCUCUGGCGGCCUUCGCAAACGCUCCCUCAGCGAUCACCUCCUGCGGCGCACGGCCAGUGCCCCGGCGAAGGGACGGAAGAAGACAAAGAUGUUGCUAUCAGAGUCUGUGGCAUCAAUAUCGGAGCAUAAGAAUGGCCUGGGCGCAGGGAUCGGAGGAGAGGGCGUGUCAGGGAAGGAGGGAGGGGUGGAGAAGCGUCUCCAACCCAGACCCCCGCUCAUCCACAGGCCGAUUUCCAUGCCCUUAGAAAGGCUCCUGCAAGGGCAACUGUCCCUCUGCUCCCAAGACAAGGAACAGCACGAUAUGAGUGCAGACACUAUCUUAGGAGCUUGUCUGCUUAACAGGCCCAGGUCGUCCUCUGUUAACCUCAUCAAAUCAUCACUUUCUUUCGAACCAAGCAUCGCUUCCCCUUCCAAGACGUGCAGACAUAAAGAAUCUGACCAAUCAGCGGAGGCUUCUUAUCUGGUAAUUGGUAGAGGAGACGUAAGAAAGGAAGAUGACUAUGUCAACUAUCCAUCAAAAGACAAUGAAAUCAACAAAUCAAAGAUCAUCUCCGCAGGAACAGAGAAAAACUCUUUGUUCUCAUCUUCCACGAACAACAAGAUGGGACUAGAAACAUCGUCAAACAGCACAACGUUCACUGUUGCACCUUCAGUCUCCUCAUCCUCCUCCUCUGCCCCUUCCUCUGUGGCCCCUCUUUCUCCUGUUGGUAUGGACUGUGAUCUGAAGAGUCCCACCUCUUUGCAUGACAGCAUCUCCAGACUCAUCGAUGCUGUGUCCUUGGGCAAUGAGCAAGACACAUGUGGCUCUAUUUCUGCUCUGAUUGGUCAAUUUGAAAGCACCGUUGACCAAAAUGAUUUCACAACAUCAUCCCAUGAUCACACUCCUUACCGUCACUCGAACUUCAGGCCUACCACUCCAAAAGCGCUGCAAGAUUUAAGGCCUCUUCUAAAGACCAACACAGCCUCUCUUAACUCGAAACACCUGACAAGUCCCCAACAAGUAGCUCAAAAAACGUAUCAUGUAAACCACGAAAUCCUUCCAUCGAGUUCUCAGACAAACACUUCUACUCCAGUCCUCUUCUCCAGCCCAGAAACCACUGAGCUUGAGGAGGUGUACACCAUCCUGGACGAGGAGGUGCUGUUGCCUGCAACAGUGCACAACCUGAGGAAACAGACGGUCCGUUUUCAGGCAGACGCUGUGGUGAACACGUCUUUAAACAGCUUGGGGUCCUCUCCGGGAAAAGUGGUUCAGGGAUUGGGGAAAGGGCACCAUGUGGCUUGGGAGGAUAUGCACAGGAAACGGGGUGGAUGUGAAAACAUUGAGGAGGCAGAGGAGAGAGUAUAUGAGGAAGUGAAUGAUUUCCCUGUACUUGAGAUAGAACGGGGUACCUCCCAAAGGUACAUGAGCACGCCCGUAAACGACUCUUUCCAGUUUCAUCGUGACACAGCAAGAAAUGCUUUUGCAGAAGUGGAAACUAAUGUCGACGAAGAUCCACUGGAUAUAAUGCUGACUUCACCUAGACAUGGCAGCCAAUGGGAGGGGCUCACAAGUCCAACCAAACGCCAUGCUAUCUACCAAAACCACGGAUCCAUUCCCAACUACUCCCAACAGAAACAGCCUUUGUCAUAUUCUGAUCCUCAACAACAGUUUCCCUCAUAUCCACCUCAUGGAGCAUUUACACACUCUCCCUCCCCAAUCAAUAAACCUUCGUAUCAGUUAUCCGAUCAUCACCAACACCAGAACAACUCCCAGCCUUCAACCUUCCACAGACCUGUCAAUUCCAGACCUUCCAACGCUAGUCAGCAGUGUCAGAACGGCUACUCCGUUCCUCAGGGCAAUUCUACAGCCCCUGACAACAGCAGAGACUUCAUUAGUUCCUAUAAACAACAGAGGAGCUACAGUGGCAGCCAGCUCCUAAACAGGCCUCGACAAAACAGCCCAGGGUACAACCAGAUGGAGAGGGAGCAAAUGAGGUGUUUCCAGAAUGGUGUCUCCUCAUCUGAAAGCCUGCAUGGCCAAUCUGCUGCGUCCACAAACAUCUGUAGAGACAGAGGACUACCUACUCCUUCUUCAGAUUGCGAUGCAAUAUACAGCCACCUGGAGUAUGACUGCAUCAAGCCCUCAUCAGAGUCCUCAGCUCCUCCAAACUCUCACCCACACUGUCAAAGUCAAACACAACCGCACACUCUGCAGUCAUGGACCCAAAAUGUUACCGUCAACAGUUACCAGUCGCAGCCUGAAACCAGAGUUUCAAAUUCAAGGCCUUUAUCAAGUCGUUCCCAGUCUGUUCCCAUAGACUCCACAGCACCCAGCCAAUGCAAGUCCAAGUCCCUUGGAGACCUGACCUCAGAAGACAUAUCAUGCAACUUCCAGAGCAAAUACCACAUUAUUAGUCGCAGUUUCAUCACUCCACACAUGAGGAAGCAGAGGAGAAUGGGCACCAUGGGGGGCGCAACUUUCCAAUCGCAGUCGAGUGAUCCACUCACAGAGCAGCUACGUAAGCUGGUCAGUUUGGAGGCGGAUGACAGUGACAGAGAGAGGUCCCAGUCUCCUCAGCUGCAUUUUGAAGCAAAUUCCCAAUCCCAAUCAAUAUCCCCACAGUCACAGCCCCAGGCAACAAGUAUAGCUCCUGUGGUUCCCAGGGACACAGAGGACUCCCCUCCGCCCCUUACCCGUCGCCUGUCUUCUCGGAGCCAGAGCCGAGUGCGCCACAUCAACAACCGUGCACGGGAAAGACAGCAAGAGUCUGUAAAGCCUCGGCCAGGUGUGGCAAUCAAUAGUACCACUAGCAUUGGUGGGGUGGUGUUUAGGAAUAAACCGGCUUCACAGAAUCCACCAGCUAACAGACACUCAACCGGUUCAUACAUCGUCGGCUACCUGGAUCAGCUGGAGGACAGGGGACUUCCUGAGGGAGCUUGCACAUCAUUACGUUAUGGAAAUGGGGAUCAUUAUGGAGAUCGCUACUACACAGAUGACUCUCUUCCGAAUGCAAACUCCUCUCACUCUGCGUCAGAGCCCGAGGUCUACUUUCUACUCAGACUGUAGCUCUGAUCUUAAACGUAAAAAUGAGAUUAAGAAUCGAGCACUGAUUUUUUGAUGACGUUCAGUUACACCAAAAGCCAGAGGACGAAGGGAAAUACAUGCUUGCCAUUAUGUGUUCCCAUGUUCACAGAGCAGAGAUUGCCUGUACAAUAUCAAUGACACAUCUCAUAUAAUCCAUGGUUGGAUCUGACAGCAUGAACUUUGUGUAUGAAAUGUCCACUAUUCAACAGUGAAUGGUCUUUCUAGUCUGGAAGUGUAUUGUCUAUAUUCUGCUUAAUGUGUAAAUGUACCCGGGAACUUUGAUUCCCUCCAAAAGGCUUCCUAGACUGAUUGUACAGAUACUUGUUAUCUUCGUCCCUGUGAUGUACUGUCCAAACUGCGUACACUGACAACAAAGCAAAAAAAAGAAUUGGGUUUUCAGCAGAGAGGGAAUGUCUUUCCUUCUAUCAUUUGAAUGUGUAGUAUAAUCGAAAAGCUAGUUUUAAUAGAUGGGAUUCAUCUUUCAAAGAUCUAAUGUAAGUCUUCCUUCUGUUUUCAGUGGUAUUUCUUUGUUUGUGUCGUGUGAAUAUUCCUGUCAUUGUUUCUAAUCCGCGAUGGAUUUUAGUUAAGAGCUAACUCUAACUGUACAUUUAUGUUUGUGCAUGUUACUUGUGAACAUGUCAAGCAUGACUAUGCACCAGUUUAUACAAUAGAUGUGUCAUCGCUCGACAUUUGCACAGAACAAAUAGUUGCGUUGAACACAACCGAGGACAGAGGCUUGUUUGUAAUGGGUGCAAUACAGAACAUAAACACUUCCACGCUUGGACUGGUUGCUCUCUUUGAUCUGUAGAAUUUCAAGACAUGAUUGCAAAGUUUUAAAGAUUUGGAGUUUAAAGGGGUUUUUAUUUUUAUAAUUACUUUGAUACAGACAGCAAAAAGAAUCUCGUGUUGGUUCUGUUGCUGUGGUUUUAUUUUGUAUAACUUAAUGAACUGGAAAAAACAGAGUGAAGAGCAGACUGAGGAGAGGAGGGUGGCCGAGCCGCAGUUUAUUUCUUUUUCUAUUAUCUUUCAGUGUUACACCAUCCUUCUUUUCUUUGUAUUGUUGCUCAUUGGAGGACUGUGAGCAUUUUCCUACAGAUGCAAUAAACUAUUGAAAUGUUUGAUUUCAAGAAAACCACA